GGAGCGACUGUAGGGAUGGAGAUCGCACUAGCUAAGCUCUCUGAUACUCAACUACUAUCGUCCAAGCUUCUCAACUGCAACGAAGUUUCCUAAGCCACAUAUGUAGUAUAUCUAGAUUGAUAGAUACAAAACGUAUACGUCGAGUGCCUGGAUAUCACAUCGGAUCGCACGUGCAUUUAAUUACGGUGUUUUUAAGUUGUUAACUCUAUCUGCAUAUAUCGCAAAUUCAAAUUUUCUACAAAAGUAUACAAUAAAUGUGUGAAUUUUAUCAUGCGGCAACGAGAACCAACGACGUUUGCAAGGAAAAUCAAUAGGAGUCAACCACGGACCAGUGGACCCCAUCCGGUCCAUUUGGGGCGACAAUUGCUGAUGCUGGUCCGCUUUGAUGUCCAAAAGUAAUUACACAUGCAUGUUUCUCACAUGACAGCGCCACUCGACUGUUCAGUUCAAUGUGCCAAGUACCCUGGAAUAUUGCAAAAUCUACUAAGACUUGUGCUGGAGCACCGCAAGAACUAUCAGGAUGAAACCGAGGAGCGUUUCCGCCUCAAGAUCUUCAAUGAGAACAAGCACAAGAUUGCCAAGCACAACCAGCGAUUCGCCGAGGGCAAGGUGAGCUUCAAACUGGCGGUCAAUAAGUACGCCGAUUUGCUGCACCACGAAUUCCGUCAGCUGAUGAACGGCUUCAACUACACUCUGCACAAGCAACUGCGUGCCGCCGAUGAAAGCUUCAAGGGAGUCACCUUCAUCUCGCCGGCUCAUGUGACGCUGCCCAAAUCUGUGGACUGGCGCACCAAGGGAGCUGUGACCGCCGUCAAGGAUCAGGGACACUGCGGCAGCUGCUGGGCCUUCUCCAGCACAGGCGCCCUCGAGGGUCAGCAUUUCCGCAAGUCCGGUGUCCUCGUCUCGCUGUCCGAGCAGAAUCUGGUCGAUUGCUCCACCAAGUACGGCAACAAUGGAUGCAACGGCGGUCUCAUGGACAAUGCCUUCCGCUAUAUUAAGGAUAAUGGAGGCAUCGAUACCGAGAAGUCCUAUCCCUACGAGGCCAUCGAUGACUCGUGCCACUUUAACAAGGGCACAGUCGGAGCCACCGAUCGUGGAUUCACCGAUAUUCCCCAGGGUGAUGAGAAGAAGAUGGCCGAGGCUGUGGCCACCGUUGGUCCCGUUUCCGUCGCCAUCGAUGCCUCCCACGAGUCGUUCCAGUUCUACUCGGAGGGCGUCUACAACGAGCCGCAGUGUGAUGCCCAGAAUCUGGAUCACGGUGUGCUGGUCGUUGGCUUCGGCACCGACGAGUCCGGCGAGGAUUACUGGCUGGUGAAGAACUCGUGGGGCACCACCUGGGGCGACAAGGGCUUCAUCAAGAUGCUGCGCAACAAGGAGAACCAGUGCGGCAUCGCUAGCGCCUCCAGCUAUCCCCUGGUCUAGAGCAGAACUGAUGUAGUUUAGCCCCAGCAUUCAUAUGAUAUGAUUUAGAAAAGAAACAGAAAAGAUACCAACGCAAGCAUCUCAAAAAUGAACUUUAAUAAUUUAGCCCAACCUCAUAUUUAAUGAACUAAUUUUGUAAUGGGUCCAUUGUAUUCGCGUUUCUCUGCCAUCAUGUAUGAUAUAGGUGAACAACAAAUCUGUUGAUGUUUGUAGAAAAAUAAAUAAAAAUUAUAUAAUUUU